CUCUAUCCCACCUCAAUCCCGUCUUGUUAUCAUCUCUCUCAUAGUCGUCAUCACAUCUGUAUCGGAAUCAGGAAAUUGCAGAGACCGAACCAUGGAUCUCUGGCAAAAAGCUCGAACGUUCGCCGAAGAAGCCGCCAAGCGAUCUCAAGAGCUCACCAAAGAAGCCGCCAAACGCUCUCAGGACCUCACCAUCGGCUCCUCCAAGAUAUCCGACAUUGUCUCGGAGGCGUCGAAGCGGUCCAAGGAGAUCGCAGCCGAGGCGUCCAAGCGAGCCGAUCAGUUCAAGGUCGAGGCGUCCAAGCGAGCCGAGGAGAUCAAGGUCGAGGCACUGAAGCGAGCCGAGGAGAUCAAGCGAUCGGGCGCUCUUUCGUCGCUUGUCGAGCCUUCCGCGGAGGCGGCGGAGGUGGCGGAUCUGGAGAAGUUUGGGGUUACGGAUGAUUUGAGGGAGUUCGUGAAGGAGAUUACAAUGAAUACGUUUGAGGAUUUUCCACUGGAAGAUGAUUCAGAAAUGUCAAAUAUUCCCACAGUCUCAAAUGUUCGGCAGGAUCUUACUGAGUGGCAAGAAAGACAUGCCAAACUUGUACUCUCGACAGUCAAGGAAAUCUCAAAGUUGAGAUAUCAGUUAUGCCCGCGUGUGAUGAAAGAAAGGAAGUUUUGGAGGAUAUAUUUUAUUCUAGUCAACAGUCAUGUGGCUCCGUAUGAAAAACGCCACAUGGAAGAGGCAAAGGUAAAAUCUGAUGAACAAGUGAAAGAUGAUGCAGUGAAGGAAACUUCCACCGUUGGGACAACUUCUAAAACAGAGGUAAAGGGAGUGGACAAGAAAAGCAAGACCUCUGAACAGGACUUGGAUGUAUUUCUGUUGGGAGACCUUGGUGAUAGUGAUGAGGGGCCAGAUGAUGGAAAUGACGGCUUUGAUGAUGAUGAUUUUGAUAAGAUAUAGCUUGGUAUCUUCGGGAAGACAAAAAAGGGAACAAGUGAAGGACAUUACCAGUGGCUGCAUAAUAGAUCAACCCUGCCCCGGUUGGAUAGAAGUAAUGGCACGUUGAGAAAUGGAGAAAAAGACCCAACAUGGGAAUUGGGAAACCAACUGCUAUUAUUUCAAAACUUGUAACAGUUUAUUCCUAUUGUUCCCCUUUACUGUGUUCCUUGUAAUUUUUUCCAAUUUUUUAUUUUUAUUUUUUUAUUGACUUUACUUUUUUCUCUCUUUGUUUAAUAUAUUAAAAGGGGAUGGGAUGGGAUGGUUGGUGUUGUAAAGUUAUCAAUUAGCUUCUUUAAUUUGGAUUAAAUGUUACCCGUCUUUUCUAUGAUCAUUUACGGAAUGCUGGCUUCUUAUAUUAUCAAUUCUUUGCCAGAUUCAUUUGUU